UCAUCUUUAUCUUUAGUUGCAGUUGAAAAGCCAUAUACAGAAAGAGAUGUUAGAGAACAUUUGUUGAAAUUAAGAGAAAUCUCAGCGUUGACACAAGUCUCUGAGUUUGAAACUUUAUCUGACAUUUUAGGUAUAGGUGCUGGUUCAAGUAAAUUUCAAAACAUUAAAUUAUCUCCAAUUAUUAAAAAAGAUUCUGAAGAUGCUGAGGAUGCAAAAAAAACGAAAGAUAAUAAUGACAAAAAAGAAGAGGAAAAAACUUUAUCUCCUGAAGAUAAAGAAAAACUCGCUUCCUAUUCAAAGGAGUUGUUCAUUGCUCCAACUUUUAAACAACAUUCUCCAUCUUCUUCAAUCAGAUUGAAACCUGCUUUAAAGAACAUUUUUCUUUCUUCUUGGAAUCCACCAUCUUCUUAUUUCAAAUUAAGAGGCCACUUAUUAUACUUGACUAUUCAAACUUUAGAAAAUGAAACUUAUCAUGUCACUUCCUCGAUUAAUGGGUUUUUCGUUAACAACUGUUCAUCGAAUAAUUUUGAUCCAACUAUUAAAAAAACCUCAGUCAAAAAAAAUUCCUUAAUUAAAUCACAUUCUUUGAUUUCGCUAGUUCGUUCUAUUUCUCUCAAAUUUAAUCAGGUUUGUAAACGUAAUAACGAUCUUUUAAACUCUUCAAGUCCCUUAUUGUUUCUUUUACCAACUGAUUCGUUUUUAUCAACUCCAUGGAUUGCCCCAUCUUCAUCUACCACCUCCGAUAAAUUUCUUGAGAAGCAAUCUUCUUUGUAUCCUGACUUAGGCAAAACACAAUUGCAGUAUUUAAUUGGUGGUUCUGAUGGUGCUGAUCUCUAUCGUGAUUGGAAUGAAGAAUACCAAUCAGUCAAGGAGUUACCAAAAUCUAAUUUGCAAGAAAGAAUCUUCAGAGAAAGGUUAUUAUCCAAAAUCGGUUUUGAGUUCACUCUCAGUGCAACCAAAGGUGCGAUCGAAAUCUUAAAUGGCAACAUUUCUCCAAUGAACCCAAACGAAGAUCCUUCUCAACAUAUUUUCUUAAGAAAUAACAUCUUUUACUCCUUAGCCACUGACUCAUCAGAUCUGUAUGUUAACAAAGGUGGAAACGAAGCCUCGAGGUAUUGUGCUAUCAAAGAUUUAGAUUCAGUUCGUGUUCUUAACAAAUUAGAUGAUCCUAAGGUUAGCCAUUUAUGUACUGCUAUUAUUGAUUUCUGUGGGAGAAGAGUUGUUUGUCAAACUCCUGUUCCUGGUGUUUUUAACAAUGAUACACUACUCAGCCCCGAGGAAAAAACAGCCUUCUCUAAAAUCGUAUACGGAUCAAGUGAUGAAGGUAUUACUGUUUCUUCUAACGAAAAAUUUGAAGAAUUAUUUACUCCAAUUGCUGAAGCUUUUCAUUUGAGAAAGCAUUCGGUUUAUGUUAACGAUGGUGCUGAUAAGGUUAAACCAGUGCCAAUUGUCACUUCUUUUGAAACAAAAGGAAUGAAAGGAACUGAUUAUCGUAACUACAUUAUUGAUCUUUACAAAACUUCUCCAUUAGAUAUUGAAUUUAUUGAAUCAAAUUGGAAACCUGACAACAAAGAAUCUUUCCCUCACAAAGAAACUUAUGUCAGACACGAAUGUGUUGAAGAAUGGUUUAGAAGAAAAGUAGCUGCUUUAAUCAAAGAGGAAGCCGAGAUUUUUGAAAAGAAGAAGGCUGAAAAGGACUUAUUAGAAGAUAAUGAAAAACCAACUAUUACUUUGGAUCCAAGUAAGAUUUCUAUCAAUCCAGAUUGUUUCUCAUUAACUGUCGAUGAAUCAAAAUUAGGGGAAAAAGAAAAAGAAGAACUUCAUCAAGAUCAACAAAUCGUUAGAGAAAUUUCUCAAUUCAUCAGCAAGUAUUUGAUUCCAGAGUUUUUGGAAGAAAUUGGUACAUCUGAAGUUAUGGCUCCUAUUGAUGGUGAACACUUGACAAGCUUACUUCACAAAAAAGGUAUUAACUUGCGUUAUAUUGGUGCUAUUGCAAAUUCUGCAAUUGUUUAUAAAGAAAAAGAAACAAAAAAAAUAGAAGAGAAAAAGGAUCAAAUCAAAAAAGAAAUUGAGGAUGCAAAGGCUGCAAAGGCUGCUAAAGCUAAGAAGGAAGCUGAAGAAAAAGAAAAGUCUAACAGUAAUGAUAAGAAUGAGGAACCCAAGGAAGAAGCUAAAGAAGAAACCAAAGGGACUGAAGAGAAAUCAAAGGCACCUAAAUCUAAUGUUUAUUUCACCACUGCUUCUUAUGAAGCUCUCUACAAAACAUGUAUACAAGAGAUGAUUGCUCGUUCAGUUAAACACAUUUUACGUGAAUUGACUACCAAUAUACCAAUUGCUAUUAUUCCAUCAAUUGUUACUUUAUUCUUAAAUUGCUUCUUGGGUUAUAAUGUUAACUCCAAACCUAAAUUUGAAAUCGAUGAAGAACUUAAAUCAUUAUACUCUUCAACUGUUGAUUUUGAAUCAUUUGAUUUCUUGGCACCAAACGCUGUGUUUGAAUUGAUUGAAAAAGAAGUUUACAGAAGAUUCAGAUUUAACUUAUCUGAAAUUGAUAAAUGGUAUGAAGACCAAAAAGUCAUUAAAGUUAGAUCUUUAUUUAGGGAAAUUUCAUUGAAGUUUGGUAUUCAAUGGGCAUCUUUCAAUUAUCCUUUUACUGUUCAAGAAUUUGAAAAGUUAACAGAAGAAGAAUUGAUAAUUUUUACCAAUGAAGAGCAAGCUACUGUUAAAAAAGGUAAAAAGAAAGGUAAAAAAUCCACUGUUUCAGCAUCAGCAUCAGCAUCAUCAGAAAUUAUCAAACGUACAACUACCUUUAUUCCUGAUGACAUUGUUACAUUUGUUCCAAUUAUCAAAGAUUCAGUUUAUAAACCUUCAUUAGUUGAAGAAAUCUGGGAUACUGGUCGUGCUAAAAUUUAUGGUGUGAACACCACUAAAGAAGAUCAUGACAUGGGUAUUUCAUUAUUGUUAGAAUCGCUUUCUUUAUAUGAACAAAUUUAUGGAACAGUUCAUCCUGAAUUAGCUAAAGUUUAUGGAUUAAUAGCCCAAUCUUAUUUUGAUUUAGGAAAUUCAGCAUUAGCUGUUGAAUAUUCUAGAAAGGGGAUUUUUAUUGCUGAAAGAACAUUGGGUAUUGAUUUCCACGAAACAUUUUUAGCUUUAAUCAAUUUGGCAUAUUAUGAACACAUCAAUGGUAAUACCAUUAAUUCGUUGGCAGUUUAUUCGAGGAUUUUAAAGGAUUGGAAUAUCAUCUAUGGAGAUGAAACCCAUCCAGCGUCAAUCACCACAUUAACUAAUAUUGCAUUAAUGUAUCAAUCCGUCCAGUUAUAUGAUACAGCUAAAACUUUGUUGUCUAAGGCAUUAGAAUUAAGUGAAAAAAUCAAUGGUAAAGAUUCCACUAUGACUGGAAUGAUCAAAUAUCAAUUUGCUUUAAGUUUGACAACAGUUAACAAUAUCAAUAGCUCUGUCAAAUAUAUGAAUGAAGCUUAUAAGACCUUUAGAGAUUUAUUAGGAGAAAAUGACCCAACUACAAUUGAUGCUAAGAAGAAUGUUGAUAGUUUCACUAGAUUUUUAGUAUUAAAUACAAAACAAGAAAGAGAAUUGAGGAAAAUUAUGGAAGAAACUGAAAGACAAAAGGAGACAGAAAAAGCUACUAGAUUGAAAAUAGAAAAUUUAACUAAAAAGAUAAACUCGUCAGCUAAAAACGAUAAAACUGACUCAAAAAUCGAUAAUAGAUCUAUUGGACAACUUUUAAAGUUCAUUGAGGGCGAAGGUGUUAAAAGUGGUGGUAAGAGAACAUCCAAGAAA